UCACGAGCCGAAGAUUUGGAAGACGAUGAAGAGGAUCGUCGUCGACGACGGGAACUAGUUCGCGUGGGACGAAGGGGGAGACGAUCCUAUGAAGACGAUGUAGAGUAUGAAUAUGACGACGACGAAGACUAUGUCGAUGAUGACGACGACGAAGACUACGAUGAUGAUGAAGACGAGGAGGAAUACUCGUACUAUUCGGCGGCGGCCAUGGAUCGCGACGACGAAGAUUUUGGCAUGUUUGGCAAGGGCGUGAUUCCCAAUCCACUCUUGGAUUCCAUUGAUCCCGAUGGCGCUGCCGAUCGAUUUCCAGAAUUGGCACGAGAUCCUUGGUUCUGGUUUGAUAUGAUACUCUUUGUACUCCUAUUGGAUUUUCUCAGUUUUGCAGGACCACGGCAAGCACUCUUUGACAACUUGCAGACCAUUCCCGAUACUCCCAUUUAUUUUAAUUAAACUCUCAAGCCAAAAGUACCGUACCAUAGAAGCGAAGGGAGAAAGAGCUACCACACAAGUUGCCUGAUGAGCAAUCAAAGCCACAAGACGACGAUUUCAUGCACAAUUCUACAGUCGCACACACUACUACUACGUCAUAGCUACCGGUACCUACCGUAACAACCUACAUACAUAACUAAUUGCACAUGAUUCUUUCAGCCAACUCGCUAUGAACUACCGGUAUGGUAGAUAUUCUAAUCUGGUUAGCAAGGACUCGUUGAAUUCUC